AUGGCAUCCAAUAAUCAAGGAGGAGGUCGUAUUUUUCAAUCCGACAGCUUCCCUCGCCUUUCCUGGGUUGCCCUUGCGGCGUCAGAAGGCAAGUCCAAACUGCCUAUCUCCGCCGCCGGCGAGCCCUCCCGACAGUCGUCAGCUCCUCAACUUCCCAAAUCAUUCAUGAGUACUUCAGUUAAUUAUGACCAUAAUAAUAAUAACAACAAUAAUAACAAUAAUAAUAAUGUGGUUGACGGCGACGACAAGAUCAGCCAGUUGCCGGACGAUAUUCUGAUAUCCAUAAUCUCACGGCUGACGGUGACCGAAGCCGUCUCAACCAGCAUCCUAUCCAAACGAUGGCGCUACCUCCACAACUACACCACCCGCCUCGAUUUUUCUUUCACCUCAAAAACGGAUUGCGAUGGAGUAUCGAAAAGGGAAUUCAUGAAAAAGCACGCUCGCGUAAUCAAUCGCACCUUGGAUUCACACAAAGGAGGUGGGUUCUUACAAGAAUUCCGAGUUAAUUUACCGUUUUACGGGCGGGAACUAGCAGGGCGAAUGCGGAGGUGGAUCGACUUUGCGUUCUCUAGACAAGCCCCAAUAAUCCACCUGCACGCGAUUUACAUCGGUGCAUGGAUUCGUUUUCGGUAUCUAAUUCCAUGCAGAAACGAAUUCCUGAAAGACCUAUCUCUAAAGUCCAUCGAUUUGGAUGAAGAGGUAUUUAUGCUAAUACUUGAAAAUUUUGUCGUGCUCGAGCGUUUCUCGGUUGAAAGUAGCAUCUCCUUAGGUUCUUUAUGUAUAACCGGUGUCGACUUAGCGCCAAAGUUGAAGCACUUGGCCAUACGUCAGUGUUAUACGAUCAAAUUCAUCAAGAUUGUAGACAUGCCGAACAUCGAAUCUUUCGAGUGUUAUGAGAUGCGUACCGAUUAUAAGCUUGUGCUGGAAAAUGUACCAAGUCUUUGUGAGUUGGGCAUUUGUAAGAAAAUCGGGAUUCCGAUCCUUUCACAGGGAACUAUUGGUGACCAAUUGGUCAAGCUUAAGCUCUCGGUCGUCUAUUUUCGUGAUGCUGUACACGAUUAUAUGGACAACAUGUUACGGUUCCGUAAACUGGUAAAGCUUCAACAUUUGGAGUUUGAAUUUCUGUUAUAUAGUUAUUACAGAAUUCAUAAACUCAUUCAUUUCAUCGAGGCUUGUCCUUGCUUACAGAAACUUGAGAUUCGGUUUAUAUGGGAGACUGGAUUCUUGUGUGAAAGGAGUGAUGAGAAAUAUAUUGAGAACCCGAUCAAGAGGAGAUGGAGUCGUGAUUUGAAAAGGGUGAAACUCUCGGGGCUGAUAGGGUGCUCGGGUGAAUUGGAAUUCGGGUCGUACAUUGUUGGAAAUGGAAAAGAUACUACGGCACUUGAAGAGCUUGUCAUGGAAACUAGCCCCAACCAAAAUGCCAGAAGCCGGCGUAGGGCGAGAGCUCGUCUCCGGCACUGGUUUCGACCUAAACUGCCAGAUUCUGUUCAUUUUGUUGUUGUCUAG